AUGCGGGAUGGGGAGUGGGGAUAUAUGGAAUGGACGAACUUGGAAGGAGAUGGGAGAAACGACGAGGGGAGAGAGAGCAAGUCUUCCUCUCUCAUUCCUAUCGAUCAGACACAAGAGAAACCUCCUCUCUCUCUCUCUCUCUCUCUCUCCCCACCCCAAGCUCCGUCUGUCAAUAUUGCCACGAGAGGAAGAAAAAAAAACAUGGAAGUGAACAUCACGGCCAUCCUGGAUGCUCUUCAGACCGGCUACGACAAGAGGAUACGACCGAAUUACGGAGGAGAGGAAAAAGAAGAAAGGACGGGUGCUGUUGAUAUAUCCCAGGAAAUGGAAGAAUCAAUGGGGCUUAGGAAGGAGAAAGCAGCCUGUGUGGGCUAUACUCUCCUUCCCUCCUUCUCAUCUUGCAAGGCUGCGGAAAAGAAAGAGAAAAUGAAAGGACAAGAAAAAGAAAACCAGCAGGAAAUGAAGGAACAAGAAAAAAAAGGGGGGAGUGCUGGGAUGGACAUCACCAUUACUCGGGGUGCUUUUGCUUCUGAGGAAAGGCGUGCUGCACGCUCGUUCAGGCUGGAACCAGAGGAAUAA